GUUCCUAUGAUGAAAAGUGUGUUGUUCAUGCGUAGUUUUCUGGUAAUAACAAAUCUUAUCAAAUUAGUAUAAAAUCAUGCUUUUAAGGUCGACAUUUAAUCUCAUUCGUACAUGGAGGUCACACGCAACUACAGAAACGCUGUUUGUGCGGAGGCAAUUUGGUGCAACUGCUGCCAAAGAUGAGCUUGAUGACAAGAAGCACCCAGAACUACGGCCGAUAUAUUUGGAUGUAGCUGCCACGACAUCGUUGGAUCCUCGAGUACUAGAUUCUAUGCUUCCAUAUUUUGUCCAUUACUAUGGAAAUCCUCACUCCAGAACUCAUGCCUUUGGCUGGGAAAGUGAGUUGGCAAUGGAGAAUGCAAGAAAGGAGGUUGCCAGUAUCAUAGGUGCCGAUCCAAAGGAAAUCGUCUUUACAAGUGGCGCUACAGAAUCUAACAAUAUUGCGAUAAAAGGAGUUGCCAGGUUCUAUAAAGGGAAAAAGAAGCACGUUGUUACAACACAAACAGAGCACAAGUGUGUUCUGGAUUCGUGUCGGACACUCGAGUUGGACGGCUUUGAUGUUACAUACCUACCUGUACAGCAGAAUGGAAUAAUCGACCUGGAGGUAUUCGAGUCGUCUCUUAAGCCUGAAACAUCUCUCGUGAGCAUCAUGACAGUGAACAAUGAGAUUGGAGUCAGACAACCAGUAGAGGAAAUAGGUGCAAUAUGCAGGAAGAAGAAGGUGUUUUUCCACACAGAUGCAGCACAGGCAGUUGGGAAAAUCCCGAUGGAUGUGAACAAAAUGAACAUAGAUCUGAUGUCCAUCAGUGGUCACAAAUUAUACGGCCCAAAAGGUGUUGGGGUGUUGUAUGUUCGCCGCAGGCCUCGUGUCAGAGUAGAACCUAUCCAGAGUGGUGGUGGGCAGGAGAGAGGAAUGCGAAGUGGCACGGUACCGACACCCCUCGUUGUUGGCAUGGGAGCAGCUUGUAGAAUAGCCCAAGAGGAGAUGGAGUAUGACCACGAUUGGGUGAAGCAACUAUCAGAUAGGCUGGUUACCAGGUUGACAUCUGCGCUACCAAAUGUUGUGAGAAAUGGUGACCCAGCUCAAUCAUACGCUGGCUGUGUCAAUCUGUCAUUUGCCUUCGUGGAGGGAGAGAGCUUACUCAUGGCACUGAAGGACAUUGCUCUAUCGUCUGGAAGUGCGUGUACGUCUGCGUCAUUGGAGCCUUCGUACGUGCUGCGUGCCAUAGGAGCCGAUGAAGACUUGGCACACUCCUCCAUAAGAUUCGGGAUCGGUCGCUUCACGACGGAAGAAGAGGUGGACUAUACAGUGGAUAAGUGUAUAGAUGCUGUUCAGAAACUCAGAGAGCUCAGUCCUCUUUGGGAAAUGGUUCAGGAGGGCAUUGACAUCAAAACCAUCAAGUGGACGCAGCACUAAAGGCCAUCUUGCUUAUAAUGCACAUGAAACAUGGAUUUCAACAAUAGAUUCAUUUUUGAGUUGGUAAUUCCAUUAUCAGCUCAUGCUUUCUUUCUUUGGAAUAGAGGCAAGUAUCUACAUUGCACCCAUAGCUUCCAGCGCUAUACAGAUAUGCACAGAAAAGAACUAUUAUCAACAAAAAAACUAGCUCAAUAUUAAUGCGAUGGCAGCACUGUGACACUAAACUUAAAACAUUGUCCUUCUCUGACAUUUGUAUCUUGUUGAUUACUAGUCUUCUUCAGUAAUUAUUGAGCGAGGAUAAUUUGUACUUCAGUCAUCUGUGAAUGAUUUUUCGGCUCGUUUUUCUAAAUCACUGUAGGUACAAAUGGAACUUGUGUUAUUCAGUGCAAAGGGAAUUCCUCAGGUCAAUCGUUUGUAAAUUAUGAUUUGUAUUUAAAAAAUUAUCCUGCAAUGUUUGCCCAGAGAAGAAGGGGAUGGUGUUUUUGGUAGAGUGUUGAGUGUUAGUGUACUGUAAAUAGUGUACAACUGAUAGUCUACAACAGUCCUCAAUUAUUAUUGCAUAUUCUAGGUCAAUUACAAUUCUCACGCAUUUCAAUUACUGCACGAGUCAACUUGUUUGCUCAGAAAUUUCUCUUGUAAUUAUUAACUGGUAUUAACAUUUUAAAUUUAGUUUGUAGUAUUUUGUUUGAAAAAUAUGAAAUUGUAAUUUAUGAAAAUAAAAUGACCAAUAACGUAUAUUCAUACAGAAACACUGUGUUCAUUACAGUUUUGACCUUUGCAAGAGGAAAAAUCAUUGCUGAUAUUUUACACAACACAUAAAUAUGAAGUAUAAUAAAUUAACAGAUCAAUAACAAUUUA